CUGAGGAGGUGGCUGUGGUAUCAAAUUGAAAUAAGAAAUAAGUGGGAGCUAGCUUGUUUAGAGGGGUGUAAAAGUUUUUUACUUUUAACAUACUGUUGGAGUCUUGUGUUGACUUGUAAGCUGUACAAAGUUGGAAGAGAUGUAGGAGCUUUUUGGCCGCUUUUGUCGUUGUUUCACGAUGGAGGAACCUGCGACAAGGCAAUCUGAGAUGUCCCUGUCAGACGGAGCCUCGGAUGACGACCUGCCGUUAACGUUACCCACAGAUGGCAGUCACAGCGGGAGCAUCCGAAAGGGAUGCGAUCCUUUCGCUCAGACUCAGCGCAGUAAACUGCAGCACCGACGAGCUCGCAUCAACCAGCAGAUCAACAAAGAGAUGCGCAUGAGAGCCGGGGCAGAGAACCUGUUCAGAGCAACGAGCAACAACAAGGUGAAGGAGACGGUCGCUCUGGAGCUCAGCUUCGUCAACUCCAACCUGCAGCUGCUAAAAGAGGAGCUGGAGGAGCUCAACAGCAACAUGGAGGUCUACCAGACAGACAGUGAGGCUAUCAACGUUCCCAUGAUCCCACUCGGAUUAAAAGAAACCAAAGAGGUGGACUUCACCCUUUCUGUCCAGGACUUCAUCUGUGAGCACUACGGCGAGGACAGCUCGCUCUACGACAAGGAAGUCAAAGAGCUUAUGGAGCUCAGACAGGCCAUGCGUACACCCAGUCGUAACCAGGCCGGCCUGGAGCUGCUGAUGGAGUACUACAACCAGCUGUACUACCUGGACCAGCGCUUCUUCCCCCUUCACAGGAACCUGGGUGUGCACUUCCACUGGUAUGAUUCUCUGACAGGCGUCCCGUCGUGUCAGCGCACGCUGGCCUUCGAGAAAGGCAGCGUGUUGUUCAACAUCGGUGCUCUGUACACACAGAUCGGGGCACGGCAGGACCGCUCUGCAACAGCUGGCAUAGACAAAGCUAUCGAUGCCUUUCAGAGGGCUGCAGGUGCAUUCAAUUACCUUAAAGAGAACUUCUCCAACGCUCCCAGUCUGGACAUGAGCUGCCCGUCGCUCUGCAUGCUGGUCCGGCUCAUGGUCGCUCAGGUGCAGGAGUGUGUGUUUGAGCGCAUCACACUCACCACCCGGGACACACACUUCACCUCCCAGCUCCGCCUGGCACAAGAGGCUGCGCGGGUGUCAGACGUCUACCUGUUAGUGCAGCAGACCAUGACGCAGCCUCUGAUGAAGGACUAUGUCCCCUUCUCGUGGGCGUCCAUGGUUCAGGUCAAAUCAGAACACUUCCGAGCCCUCUCACAUUACCACGCUGCUGUAGCACUCUGCGAGCACACAUUGUCUGCAGAGGACGGCAGUGAUGAAGAAGCAGAGAAGGCUUUCCUCCAGUUCUACGUCAACGUUCCUGCAGAACCAACACUCAUCCAGGUUUUACAGGAUCCUGAAAAAAGCAGAAAGCUCGGUAAAGCUCACCUACGGCGUGCGGUCAUCAGACACGAGGAGGCCAUGCGUGUCCACAGUCUGUGUAAGAUCCUGAGGAAGAUGGACAUCCUGCAGGACGUGCUCUGUCUCACACACAAACGCUCUUUGGACAAAUACUCCGAGCUGGACAGGGAGGACGACUUUGACGAAACCGCAGAGGCUCCAGAGAUUCAGUCUCAAACACACCAGAAACCAGACAUCACUCCCCCCAACUUCUCCACAGUCCAAGUUUCUGAUAUCUUCCAAAGGCUGGGGCCUCUCUCAGUGUUUUGUGCGCGAGCUCGUUGGGGUCCCGUGCGUGUGAUCUGCCUGCAGCGUGGAGAGGGAGGACUGGGUCUGACGCUCAGAGGAGACUCCCCCGUCCUGGUGGCUGGAGUGGUGCCUGGCGGCUGUGCAGCAGAGGCUGGACUGAGGGAGGGAGACUACAUCGUAGCAGUAGACGGGGAGGACUGUAAAUGGUCCAAACACGGCGAGGUGGUCCAAAUGCUGAAGAGCUGUACUGACAGAGGAGUGGAGCUCAGCGUGAUCACACUACACUCACAUGACACACAGCAGGUGGACAAGAGGACCAUCAUGCUCUCCCUCGGCAGUGAUAAAGAAAACACACGGCAGCAGCGUCUGCUCGGAGCAGCCAAGGGCCAGAGCUCUGCCUCCUUGUUGAACUGGAACAGGAAGAAGAAGAGGGAAGGUAGCGGGCUCACAAGGAGAUUAGGAAGCACUUUUAGUUUGUCCUUUGGAAGCCUGAGAGACACUGAGGCCAUGUACUGAGAGCAGACUGCACAGGAGCCACUCAGGGAAUCACAGCGGGAGAGCAUGAGGUACGGCAAGGUCUGCAUUCAGACCGAGACACACCAGCAGAGGGCGCUGCUGCAGAGAGCUCUGAGAGAAAAGCACUACAAUGUACCUGACUUCUUUUCUUUGACUGCAGCAUAGACCGAUAUAUCUGGCAACUUUAUGUCCAAAAGAACUACAUGUAAGUGGCUCUGUGACUUCUUUUUCUUCUCAAAACUGAAAGAGGAGCUUCAUGUUUGAAUAAUCAAGCCUCAAAGGAGCAGCUGAACCACUCUGCCUUGGAGUCUAAAGGUGUGUUGAGACUCGAUGUAGAGACUUGAGUUGGUGUGAAGGUGCGAGGCAAAUUGGGUUGAAAGUGUUGAACAUGAAGUCUUUGGUUUAUUUUUGUACCAGCGUCUGGUUUAAAAAGUAUUUUCAUCACACUAGCCAACAGACCCGAGUGUCGCUGCCCUCAGCAGAUAUUUUUGUGGUUUCAUCAAGUCUCAGAUAACCUCGAAGAAAUGACGAAACAUGAGACUGACAAACUGUUGCGUCUGCUUUGCUCUGUGUCAAAACGAGGCAGCUAAAAAAAAUGUGCAUUCAUUCGAUAGAAAAAAUUACCUGUCUGUUUCUUUGAGUCUUUCUUUCAUCAUUGAAAGAAUCAGCCGUGAACUAGAAUCAGCUUAUAGUCGAUCUGUAGAGGUGGUUCAUCAGCUGUGACCUGAAGUAAGUGUUCAAACCAGACGCCCCGCUAUUCCUACAGGUGAAGUAACAAUAAGCACCGCCUGGGGAAACCCGGGGUUCAUAGAAGAAAACCUGCUUUAUACCAGGUUAGGUUCACAGACUCAGUUACCAUAGUAACAGACUCAGAGCUAAAGUAGCGGUCACAUGCAUAAGGUCUAUUGUCGUUACUGAUCUUAGAGAAUAAAGGUCACCACCCCCUCCCACUCGCUCGAGGUGAAUCUCCUUUAUUUUUACAAAGCUGCAGAAUCUCUUUGUAAAAAAAGGCAUUUAAAGUAAUGAGUGCUGUCCAAUAAAAGAAUCGGACUACAUAAGGCAGAACGCUG